UAAUCAACGCCCUUCCAUAGUUUUAUUUUGAAAUGGUCUUGCGUAUUUUAUUUUACGUGAAACAAGCUUAUUUAUACGUUUGUACUUCCACAAUAAACAAGUGAACGUGGAUUUUGUAGUUUAUUCGAUACCAAACCUAUAAACUAUAAAUAUCAACGAAAGAAAGAAAUCGAAACAAGAGUAUAAUGGAGGAAGGAGAAGGACGGGAGUAUGAAGAAGAAGUGGGUGAGAUCGAUAAAUAUCCAACUGCUAAAUUAUCAUCUAUCCCCGAAGAUACCACAAAAGCGUUAACACAAACAGAAGCAGGAGAAUGUCUUCACACAUUAGGAAAAUGCGAUUCCGGCCUUGGUUAUGCUUAUCUGGGAUUGAACGCAUCUAAUAAAGGCUUGACAGAUAUUAGAAUCAUACCAACGUUUAAACAUGUGCUCUACGUGGACGUUUCCGGAAAUAGAUUAACGACCGAAGCACUUCGUGUUCUUUCGUCGAUGAAAUAUCUCUUGAUGCUUCAAGCUGAUAGGAAUCACGUGUCUUCCGCGGAAUUGGAUCCUAUGCCUUAUCUUCAGGUUCUUACACUGAAUAAGAAUAAAUUGACAAGUACAUCAGGCAUUUCUCAUAAGCUUUUGCAGUGUUUAGAAUUAAAUCAUAAUAAUAUUGAAGAAGUCACUUUAAAUCCAUAUGAUCUUGAGAAGUUGAACAGUCUCGAAUUACGUGGUAAUAUUCUUACCACAACAAAUGGGAUCUUUUUUCCAGGAUUAAUACGAUUAUAUCUCGCAGAAAAUCAAAUAGAAAAAGUGGAAGGUUUAGAAAUAUUAGUUAAUUUAAGAAUCCUACAUCUGAGGAGCAACAAAAUAUCGAAUUUGGAUGGAUUUGAUUCACGUUGUGCCAAACUCAGUUAUUUGAAUCUACGGAAUAACGAGAUUACAAAAAUUUCGGAAUUAGAAAAAUUAAAUUGCUUAACAGCAUUAGAGACUCUAAUUAUUUUGGAAAAUCCUGUAAUAGCCGAUAGGGAAGUAGAGGAAGAAGCUGCUUAUAGGCACAUUGUUUUGGCUAUGUUACCUAACCUAACACGUAUUGACAAGGAUCCAGUGCUUUACGACGAAAGGAAAGAGGCUAAAGAAUUUCAUAGACAAAUUCUUCGCGAUGGAACAACAUUCGCUGAUUUAGAUUUCAAUCUUUUAACCGCAGGAUAAAAUUAAUAACAUUUACUCUACAUAAUUAUGGGAAUAAAAAUAUAAAAAGCAAAUAGAAAUUAGCAUCAUACGAUAAGUAUAAUUUAAAGACUACCAUAUAAAGUAGAUUUCUACAUAAUCGAUUAUAUUCAGUAGGUAAGACAAAUUUUGUUGAGUUGUUGACAUUAUUUUUUUAUCAUACUGGUACGAACUUACUGAUUAGUAUUGUUUUUUAAAGACCACCUGUUUUAUUUUACCUUCAUUAAUAACAUAUCUCAUUUCUUUUAUUUUAGACUAUGUAUUAAAUGAUCUUACAUGUCAAUAUACUACUUUAUUAUCUUCUGUAUUAUUAAUUCGCUAUUAUAAUUAAUAUCAUUCAUUUUGAAGUGCAAAUAAAAUAUAAAAAAAUAUAUAAAAUAAAUAACAAUUCUCUUAAAAA